GCGUUGCUUGUCCAACCAAUUGUCGGAACUGCAGUGCAGGAAACUCUUGAAUGGCCGCGCCAACGGACAGUGGUCAUUUGCACUUGCUGUCGUUAUUCUAGCAUCAUAUUUUUCCGUAAAUUUACAAGAGUUACACAAACAAGUUAUAUCUCUUAUAAAUUCUUCAAUAAUUUGCUGAUAACAUAGAGCGCGCGUUUACGUCGCUUAUUUCUCGAUCAUAAAAAGUCAUAAAGUCACAAUUAUAUAGAACCGCUACAGACGGUCGAAACAUGUGCUUGACAUUGAUGCAACUUCAAGUCGCUGGGCAGUUGCGACACGACGUGUGUAUGUUGUACAAUCCAUCUACGAGUACGCGUAGCAGGUUUUAUUGGAAUUUGUGACGCGGCAUUGACGGGCAGAGGAGUGAGAGGACGAUAAGUCCCGUGCAAUGUGGAACGUCAGAGGCGUCCGUGCGCUCCUACGGCGGGAUAAUGUACGCGUAACCUACGCCUAGCCGGCGGCGUGAUGAGUGCGGGGCGUGCAUGAGGCUGUCAUGCGGUGCGCGUACUCCUCGUCCCCCGGUCAACGAAAAUCCUUGCGUUCGCAUUCGCACAUUAUCGAUCAUACUACUCCCCAUGUGCAUGUGUGUUCUCAUUGCCAUGUUUAAUCGCGAACAAGUAGCGAGUCCUGCCGUACCACGUGAUCACAGUUUACAAACGGCCGUUGUGACAAACUGUUGAGAACGUGGUGGUGCCGCGCGCGCGGUAAACGUAUGCAGAAUUUUCGUACGAGUAAAAAGGCACGACAAAGCACGGCACGAUCUCCUCGAAACGCUCCUGCAUUUUCGUGUUUCUCACUUACACGUAUGCAUUUAUGGAUAAGAAUAUAAUGAUUCUGUGGAACGUUAUCUAUACGUGAUUUAAAAAUGAAAAUAUGAAGAACAGCAGUGAGAAGGAAGAGCCUGAUGAUAAAAAAGGAUACAUCUUCUUCUCAGAUCCAAAUGUUAUUGUUAAACGCGCCGAAGCUUCUGCUAUUAGAGCACAGAUCGCACAAGAUUCCGAGAUCCAACAGCAGUCAACCAACUUACAAGUUUCCACACUUGGCAUUAAAAGCUUAGAAAAUUUACUGUCUUAUCAUCCUGUACAGCCAUAUCCUUUCACAUUUAUCAGUGCAGUAAAGCAGAAGCUCGCUUUAGGAGAUUGCACCGAGACUGGCGCAAGGGCACAUGAUUCAAAUUCUCCACGAAAAAACAAUUUGGCCUCUUCAGUAUUAAGAGCGAAUAGUACGCAGACUUUGUAUCAAAUUGUACAAAAGAUGGAUCUUGUCAGGCCACUGAAAGUACCAGACUUGAAAAUUUCCCCGAAAACGUUGGAUUUCUCUGGCAGGGAGAACUCCAAGGAGCUGCCUUCAACAAAAUCUGAGAUAGCUGCGAAGGAAUUUGCACUCGAUAGGCCCGAUAAAGCGUCAAGAACUGGUGAAAGAGUACAGAGAAAAUUAGACUUUUCCUCCUCGGAUGCAUCAAUUAUUAAUUGUGAAAGUAUAGAGCCACUGAAAGCGCCGAAUGUGUCCAUAGCGUUUAAUCUGAAUAAAAAGAAGGAGCAUGUUAGAGACAGUUCCAGGGAGAAGGAAAACAGGUCUAAGAGGAUGAAAAAGGAUGAAUCUCUGGGGACAAAGAGGGAGGAGUCUGCGCAGGACCAAGUAAAGCGUAGUCGAAGCCCAAGACACGUUUCCAGGAAGGAUGCAAUCGAUACGAGUAACAUAACGAGAUUGCCAUUAUCAAAAAAUGACAGAUUACCGUUUCACGCUACAAAAAGUAAUGAUUCCUUGUCGGCAAAAUCGAAGGUAAAGAGUUUCGUGACGUCUACUGCGAAGAAAGAUAACGACAAGAAACAGAAAUCGCUUAACGCGCAGUCUGUGGAGUUAUCGAGAGACAAUCCUUUAUCGAAAGGUCGGAUACCCGGCAACGAGUUGUCGGCCUUUCGACCUUGGAAAGCGGUGGACAAGGUUACGCUGAAGGAUAACAAUAGCGUCGGCAUUUUAUCUAGCAAUAGCGAAAAUAAAUCUAAAGACAUUUGUCACUCGAGGCAAAGACCCGAGGUGGAAGACUCAAAAUAUAAGUCCGAUUUAGAUAAUAGGCAGUCAAAGCAAGACAAAUCAAACACUAUUCAUAAGGAGCAAGCGAAGAGGGUGUCUGACAAGAGUAAAGCUGCAAAUAAAGUCGACGGGAAACUGCACAGCGUGAAUUCGGAGCCGUCAGAGGACAUCGGGUCCGUGUCUGAAAGUAACAGCUCGAAAAAUCGUGCCAGUGCGUAUCCCGCGAGUUCUGUACAGCAAACGAAGAGCAACGAUUCUGAAACGAUUACGGAAAGCAAGGAGAACGUUAACUUGACCAGGUCGACUAAAACUUCCGAGAAUUUUAGAUACACAGAACAUUCCGUGACGCAGUCUGCAAGUACAAGCAUCAAAAAAGACGAAGAAUCGUAUUCGCAAAGUAUUAUUACGACUAAGGAGACAACUGCUAAUGAUGAUUCAAACGAUGCCGAUACAGUGCUGCCAGACGCGUUAUUCGAUCCCAGAAGGAUCUCUUUCAGAGAUGCCUAUUCUCAAGAGGAAUUUCCUAAUUUAAUCACGCCGGAAAAAAUGAAUCUUGUGCUGAGGUCUAAGCGAAGAAGAUACUUGAUACAGAGCAGCGAUUCGGAAGUGGAUGCGAGGUGCCCGAAAUACAAAUCGGUGGUAAAACAGGAGAAAGAGCAAGAAGAAGUGCAAUUGGCAGAACUGCAUCUUUACGAUUCUUUCAACGAGUCCCUCAGGCAAGUGAUGGACGUCGAAAAGCUUCUGUACGAUACGAAUAAACGCGAGCAGGAGAGCCCGCAGAAAGAGGAUGUGAAAGAUGAAGAACUGGAGGAGGCCGCGCAAGUCGAGGAAGAUCGUGCAGCUGCGGUAGUUAAUGACGAAGCUGUUGAAAAAACAGCAUGGAAUCCAUUUGAUUAUACAAAAAGGGAUAUUAACGAGGCUUGGAAGUCAAACGAUGAUGCGCAUUUUACCAGGGAUCAUUACAUUCCGAAUCAAGAAAACAUUGACGAGUCGAGCAAUAAUCGGGCAAAGCCCGUUAAGACGCUGGUGAAAGUCGCAGAAGUACAAACUCAAACGGUGAAUGAUAUGGCGACUCAAACGGAUACACUUGCGGACAAACGAAACGUGCAGAAAGAUCGAUUUCUGGAAAUCCGUGGAAAUCUGUACGAGCGAUCAUUUCCGGGGGAGAACGAAGUUCCCCAGCUGUCGUUAGAUUCGGCUGAACAGUUCGAGGAUCUCGAUCAAAUAGAAGAGAUAUCGCUGCCCAGCAAAAUAAGGACCAUGUCGGAGAUUAGUUUGCACGAGACUACCUCGUCGAUUAAGACGGAAACUGGAACGGAAAUCAGUAUUUCGACUCGAGACGUAACAUGCUCAUUUAACAAGUAUUUGGAUCUAGAGAUAGCGGAACUCAUAAAAGAUGAGAAUCAAAGAUGUAACAAAAUCGAGAUGUUGUUCAAGUCUCGGGAAAAAACAUUGAACGAUAAAACUAAGAAGCUAGUGAAGCUGGAGGAACAGAAACGCGCAUUGAAGGAUACAGGACAAGAUAGUCGAUCCGUAAAAAAGAAACAGAGAGCUUUACUUUUGAAAUUGCAACAAGAGAAGGAUGAAAUGUACAGGUUGAAACAAUUGUACGAAAUUACGAGUCAGGAACGAAAGCUCAUGUUGCAAAAGCAGAGGGACAUGUUUAAUCCACAAAUGUCAACGAAGAAUAUCUUGACAAAGUUAAAAAGAAGUGCCGAUAGUCAAUCGCCGAGAAGAUUAUCGGGUCCCAUGAAAGGUUACGAUAUCCGCAGCAACAGCUCCAUGAGCUCGCUAAUCGAUUCGGAUAAAUCUCAGCACGAUCGAUCUCAAGUAGACACGCGUCUGCAUGCAUCCGAGAGCGACAUAAACUCGUCCAAACUGGACCUGUUGAAGGCCGACAAAUUUGUGAGUUUGGAAGAAUCCAAUGUAUCCGCGACGAGGUUUGACGAUCUGGCUGAAAAGUCACAGAAGAGGUACGAGCUGAAAUCUCGAAGAUACGAAGACAAAAUGCCCCGAGCUGACAUUCUGCGGCAAAAGCAAAACCAACUCGAGAUAGAAUCGAAACGCAUCCACGGCCAUCCCAUGAAGAUAAAACGAUUAUUAGAGAAUCAGGGUCCGAUCGAGGUGUCACAGCCAUCGAGACCGGAAUUGGACGCGUCGAUGCCUGAUUACGUGAAAUCUGAAUCCGACACGUUGGUGGAGGAAUUGUCCAAGAGAUCCAGGACAUCUCAAGUAGCGAUUCCUACCGUGAUACUUUCAAAGGAGGCGUUAGCUUCCGAUCUCGUGGCUGCCAACAACGAAGCUGUCGAAGAAGAGAUAAACACGAACGUUUCGGAUGCUAUUUCGAAAACGACAAAAUCGUCGCAGGUCUCUGAAGACCUACUGCAGGCGAGUACGAAUAAAGGUUCUAAAAAAGUUGACAAAUCCGUUACGAGCGAUAAGGACAUGCCUAGAAAAUUGCAACACAGUGCCGAGUUGAAGACGAGCUCCAAGCGUAAAAGUUCCAAAUACCAGAGAACGAAAUCGUCCUCUAGCACAUUGAUGGAAAAUAUAUUGCGGUCAAAAUCAAGUUCUCACAUGCCGGAAGAGCUUAUUAAGCAUCACGAUAAGCGGACGAGGAUAGAGAACGAAUUGCUUCAGCUGGACAAUAAAGAAAGUUCGCUGUUGGGCGAAUUGGACCUUGAUGAAAGCGAAAAUUCGCUCCAGGCACUUGUCCGGCGUUCAAAAGCUGUGAAGGAUAAGAAUUCGAAAUUGUUGAGUGAAAUAAUAAACGAGAGCAAGGAAAACGUAUCCGAUCAGAACAAGAGGCUCGAGAUUGAUGAAAACUGGCCAAGGAACGAGCAGGGCACUCAGAAUGUAUCUCAAAUCAGUUUCGCCGUUUCUCACCACAGUUCCGGAGAAAGCGAGAAAAACUUUUCGAAAUCUAUAGUCGUCAGAUCGCAAGAGAGAGAUUUCAAGACGUCUAAGAACCUUAAGCAAGUUUUAACCGCGCGCGAAGCUGCACUCACAUCGCGGAAGAACUGCGUCGAGGAGUGGAUGGCGUGGCACACAAGGUUAAGAGCGGAGGAGGAUCGUGUCACUUGUAUGGAGAAGGCGGCGUUUAAACUUAUUGCAGCAUCUAACGUCUUGUCUCAGCAAGAUACCACCGUCUCGUCGGAUACGAGCGAUGUUGAAGGCAGGAUAGAGCUUCUCACUGAGAAAUUAGCGGAACGACGCAUCGAAAUGGCGCGCCUGAAGAAAGAAGCGAAGAAGCAAGCGAAGAAGCAGUUACGCGCUCUGGAGGCAAACCUUUUGAAUCAAAUUAAGAGGUACGACACGACCAUCCACGAGAUGCGCAAGAAGCUGGAAUCAAAGAGAGCCAUCAAAGAAACUGAUAAGCUAGCUAUAGAGCCAAAGUCGUUGGCUGACUUCAAAGUACCUGAGAUACCGCUUAAGAGAAUACAAGACAUCUACAAGAGCAGCGAUUUACUGAGAUCCAGAUCAGAGCCCGAUCUUCUGUUGACGAGGAGUCAGUUGGACCUGCUGAAGAUUGCAACUCCCAUAACGUACGACAAACACGAGAGAGACUUUACUAGAAAAGCUACAAAAUCCGCGGACAUCAAAAGUACAAGCGCUACGGAGUUAAAGGAUACAACAGACAAUCGUAGUGCCCACACCGUCUUCGACGAGUACACGUCGGAAGUGUAUGAUAAUUUUCGAACGACGACUUCGAUAUCAUCGGCUUCGAAUGAUCCGCGUUCGGAAAGGUAUGUUUCCUCUACAGAAAGGCAGCUCGAUGCCUCCACCGCCGUCGGGAUGAAACAGAGAAACGCAUCACUCGACGCUCAAACGAGUCUCGGUACGGUGAGGUCGGAAUUGGAGGCGCAAACGGUAUCGGAUGCGAGAUUUGAAGAGCACAGUACCAUCAACACGGAAUCGGCGGACGACAAAUCGAUCACAGAUAAUCAGACUCGAACAAAAACUCCGGUCACACAAUCCGAGAUUCAGGAGAUGGGCAAUUUAAGGUCUAUUCCGAGUAAAUCCGAUUAUGUCACGGAAAGCGCGCAUAUUCCGACAGUUGCGACAGAUUCUAAUAUACUCACCUAUUCGAAGAAAUUAGAUUUCUUGCAGUUAAAUAAUAAGAACCUGAGCGAAGACAUCAGCUCCAUCGAAAACGACAUCAAAGCGCUAUCAGAAAUAAUGUCACGCUUGAGUAAUGAGUCGAAUGAAAAGUCUAAAGAAAAUAAAGACGAAAUAAGUACGUCACGAGAUAUAUCAGAGAUAAUAUCUAAAACAAUUUUCAGUGACAAGGUCACUAAUACCGCGGAUGAAGAAAAACAAACAAUAUCAUCCGAGAGAGAAAGUAACCUGGAAUCGAGAUCAAGAUCAUCCAGUGAAUCGAGCCGUGAUAAAUACAUAUCAGACAGAAUAAAUAAUGAGAUAUCGAUGAUAAUCCCGGAAGAAGUGCCUGCUCUCUCGAAUUUGUCGACUCAUGAGAUUGAUUAUGAAGCAAAAAGCAAAGAGAUCAUGAAUCAAAUAGAGAAAUCCAUAAUAUCAGAACACGUUAAAAUGGCAUGUGAUGAUUAUAACGCAAUUUCAGUGUUGGAAAAUGAAAACGAAAAAUUGUUAAGCGACAUGGUCUCGGAGCUCGACGUAAAAUCCAUUUCCGAGAUUCUUUCCAAAGUAUCGGAAAGCAGAAAGAGUUUCGAUCUUGCAACGAAUUCCGCAACACAAAUGGUCGAUAGCUCAAAGAAAGAUAUAAGCGAACAGAGCGAAAUUUUAAAUGAAACAAAGUUAGAGAGGGAAGAUCAAACGAAUAGAAUGCAUUUGUCAAAAAUUUCAAAAUAUUCUAGCGUUAAAUCAAUGCAUUCUCCCAUCAUCGCUGGUCACCGUUCAAAGGGAAGCUACGAAACAGAUUUGCAAGGCGAUCCGCGGAGUGCACGUAGCAUAAAUUCAAGCGAAACUUCACGCGCUAGCAGUGAAGAUUUAAAAUCGUCUGAACAUAUUCCCGAGGAGUUAGAAAUCGAAACUAGCAUCGUUGAUGAUUCAAAGAUAUUGACUGACUUCAGUAAAAAUAUUCAGGCAACGAAUAAUACCAUAAAUUCAAUAAUCGCAUCUAAUGUCGAUCAGAAUCGUUCGAUCAGCGCAGGAAAUAUCUCUCAGGACAAGGACGAUUGGACAACGUCCGAUUCAUUCGAAGUCCCGCAAGAUGAAAUCAGUACUGAAGAGCGAGAUACAGAAUUGGAGAGUACGAAAUCGCACCUGGAUCAUACCUUAUAUAAUUUCUCAGAACAAAACGUAUCGCACGUCGAUGAUACAAUCGAUCGACAAGCUGAAAGCAAUUUAGCAGGUGUCGUAGAUAUAUCUGUAUUUAUUCCAAAAGGAGAAUCCACUAACGUUGAUGCAACGUUUAAUAACGCAUCAUCCGGAUCUCACGUGAUGAAAAGCAACAACGAACUCGAUGACAUAUUGGAUAUAAUUGCUAAAGAAAAUCAAGAAGCGAAAAUAUCUAGCAACAAAAGUGAAAGCAUUGAUGAUGCGAUUUCCGAUUCCGUGGCCGAGUUGCUGAAUAAAGUCGAGGAUAUUCUGCAAAAUACAGGGGAAGGCGCGGAUGAUCUUAAGGGAAUCUUAUGUGAUAAUGUUAUAGAUAUUAAUGAUAGUCGAAUUGAAUUAAUUUCGGAUGCCUCGAUGUUAAAUGACAAAGUGCAAAAUGAAAUGAAUUUGGAAGUUAUGGGUGAGAGCAACAUGGUCUCUGUGAAUACCUGUAAUGACGACAAUGAAGCUAAUAAUUGCGAGGGAAUAAUAGAUGUGUCACAAGCGAUCGGUGAAACCAAUGAGAAACCUGCCAUAGACAUAAGCUUGCACGUGGAAAUCGAAGAGGAUCCACGCGAAGUAGUAUCAGAGGCACAAGAAAUUAUAAUAACUGAAGUGGAUUCGGAUAGCGUAGAAGAUCAUGCUUUAUCGGAACUCGAAGUUGACGCUAACGUUGAAUUAGUUGAAGAGGAGGAGUCCGUCUCAAGUGGCGCGAAUCAAGACAAGGAUUAUUACGCUACAGAAGAAAACGAAGAUACUGCACCCGUGGAAGUAAAAGAAUGUUUGGAACCGAUCUUGGAACAGGACAGUUCGGAUGGCGAGCAACUGGACAAUUUAGUGGAAGUUGCCGAAAGUGGGUUGGAUACCGUAGAAAAACUCGUACCAUUUCAAGAUUCUUCUGAAUCGGUAAUCGACGAGGUGAUCUCUGUGCAGACAGAAGAAGCUGAGAGAGAAACUGCGGAUGAUACUGCAGUUAAAAGAAGCGACGAAAUUGCGGUGAUAGAUACAGAAAUUCACAACAUCAACAAGACUUUCGACAUACUAAAGGAUCCAGAGUACGAAGACAUUUCCGAGGAGAGUCUUGAGGUAUCCGAAAUCUUGGAUAAACACGACGGUUCGAGAGCUGGCACCGCAAAUAAAUCCACCAACUUACCGGACACGUAUCGAGCUACACAAAAAUCAGAGGAGGUGCUGAGGAUACUGGACGAAAUUUCGCAGAAGUCAACAUCCGACUCCACGAGCAACUCGCAGAAGGACAAGAAAGAUACACCAAGCGCGCAGAGCGUUACGGAGGAGAUCAGCGAACUUCUGGGUGUGGAAGUCUCCGCGGGAGACGAUGGUUCAUCACAAUCGAAUAGGCUAACGAAAGACAAGACAGAGGAAGAAUCUUACGACGGUGACGAAUCACGGGCUCGACUCUUGGAAAGAAUAGAAGCGCAGAAGCGAUCAAUAGAGACGAACGAUGAUGCGGGCUUGUCCGAAGAGAAAAGCACGGUUCCUUUGCGAUCAGACGAGCACGAUGCGGAGGAUAAACCGUCUCAAAUCCUGUAUGAGCUACGCGAGAGAGUAUCGCAGCUGCAGGAGCAGAAUGGCUCGUCCGAAUCUAGUGAAGCCGGUGAUACCCCGAGGGGUGUAUCAGAGAUCGAGAUGGACUCGCCGAGGGAUUUCAAUGACUCCAGACUGGACAUUGAUAUUCUGGACGAUGAUCUGUUGAGCGGUACUAAAACGACGAGUCAGAGCGUCGACGUGAAGAGCAAUUUCCACUCCACGUCUAUCGUUGCUACCUCCGAGAAGGACAUCGAGGCGAUGAUCGAUAAGCUAAAAGCCUCGCUGGAGCAACCCGGUUUGGAAGUCGCCGAGCUAGAAGCUAAGUUGCUCCACAUCGAACAGCUCCAAAUCGAAUUGGAGAUCAAAAAGUUGGAAGCAGAGGAGGUGUCUUACUACGUUCGGGAGAUCCCGAACAAACCACCGCCUCCGUACACUCCACCUGGUGACGGCAGGUUGUCGACUUCACUUGGUUCGCCGUCGCUCGUGACAGCUGUGAUUCCAUCGAACGUCGAGGAGCUGACGUCGUUCACCGAGAAGGCCACGGCUCUGAUAUACAAUGCUAAACUGGCCGGCGAGGACAUUGCGAGUUUAGAGGCGCCUCCAGAGAUCUACGAAUUGACCAAAGACAAGAACGAGAUCGUGAAAAGGGACAGGCGGAUCUACAACACCUUCCUGUUCGAUCUCUGCAAGGAAACCAUCGUGGAGGUGUAUCAGGCGGAAUACGAAAAGCCCGGUCCAAGUUGGACGAAGCCAAACGUGAAGACAAAGCCUACGGUGAAGAUACCGAAGACCGUGGAAGAGCUCAUCGAAUACGUCAGCAAGGAGGUAGCCACCUUGUUCGGGUUCAAGACGAAAUUGCAGCGGGAAAACAUGGUGAUGCGCUGGAGCAGAAAGCGCAGGGACAGGGUCGACGAGCUACUGGCGAGGGAGGCGCAAGCCGAAGAGGACGAGUGGACCAAGUUCCAUCACGACGAGCUGACGGUAAAGAACGGACUCACGGUAGCUAUACUGGAUACCCUCGUGAUGGAAACGGCGAACGUCGUAAAAGUAGCGUACGAUGCGAAGAGGCGGAUGAUGGUGUAGCCGCUCGUAACGCUCGCAUUCAACUGUGAGGGAAAUCGAUUUUGUGAUUCAUUGUUAUGAACGGGCGAAGAUUCGUAAAGGAUUUUUCUUGCGCUCGCGUUAUUUCCUCAAGACUGCGUUCUGAAAUCCCACGUCUUUACUGUCACAUCACGUCAUUCUUCACACGAUUUGCAUUUUUAUCCAUUAGUACCUUACGUGCGUAGACGUAUAGGCUGGUUCCUAUUUAUUUGUUAACUACAGGAUUUGUUGUUCUUUUUUUUUCCUUUUUACUUUAACCGAACUGACGUGUGUGAAUGUUUGAAUAAGGUUGACAAACAAUGUGGGUGGUUGAUACAUAUGAAUGAUAGAAAGAGAGAGUUGCAAGUGUAAUUAAACAUUAGCCAUUUCUGAGCGUUCGCAAUUCGAUAAUCAAAUGCCCUAGGUCAGUUUAAAGUUUAUUCCUUGAACGAGUUUAACGAGUUUCUAGCGUCUAACGAUAAUUACAUCUACGUAAUGAUUAUGCGUAUCAUGUAGGAUAAUUAUUGUAAGAAGUGAAAUACCUUCUCCGUUUCUAUUUACUUUCAAAAAGUCCUAAUUAUCAAAUGUUGCGAGGUGUUUUGUUUGAUUAACGUGCACAUCAUUCUUUGAUGUGAUCAAUGAAGUAUUGUCUUCUUUCAAACAGGUUUCAUAUAUAUCGCUCUCUUCUACUCAUUAUGUAACACUAUAAAUUGUUAAUCAAAAUUAUUAUAAUGUGAUAAUAUAAUACCGUGUAAUAAUUAUUACACAGUAUAAAAACAUCGUAAAGUUUCCACACGUUUGUUUUUCGUAGCACAA